GACACGGGCGCACUCUAGCGGGCGAAGGGUCAAGAGCCAUGGGCCCGCCUUUGCCAGCGUGCGCAUCACGGGCGAAAGAGGAAAAGGAAGACGCAGGAGGCAACGCGGCGGUCACGGCAAACCGUAUAGCGAAGCUUCGAAGACGUCUGCUGCCGCAAGGUCUUUUGAGUCGAGUACAUAUGAGCGCACCUUGAUGCGAGACCACCACCAGCAGCAGCAGCAGCGGGGUGAGUGAGCGGCGGCCUCGGGCAUGGAGGACAAGGAGCCCGCGUACGCGCCAUUCUUCGGCGUCAUGGGCGCCGUGGCCGCGAUCGCGUUCAGCGCCCUGGGCGCCGCGUACGGCACCGCCAAGUCCGGCACGGGCAUCGCCGCCAUGUCGAUCAUGCGGCCCGAGCUCAUCAUGAAGUCCAUCAUCCCGGUCGUCAUGGCCGGCAUCAUCGCCAUCUACGGACUGGUCGUGGCGGUGCUCAUCUCCAGCGCGCUCAGCUCUUCCUACAGGCUGUACCAGUCCUUCCUGCACCUUGGAGCCGGACUGAGCGUCGGUCUCAGUGGCCUGGCAGCAGGUUUCGCCAUCGGCAUUGUCGGGGACGCCGGCGUCCGCGGCACGGCUCAACAGCCUCGGCUCUUCGUCGGCAUGAUCCUGAUCCUCAUCUUCGCCGAGGUCUUGGGCCUGUACGGGCUCAUUGUGGCGCUCAUCAUGUACUCACGUUAGCCAGACGGCACUUUCACAGCCCGAAUAAUCUGUCUCGUCGACCGCCGAACCGAAAGAACGGCUAGUCAACCGAUGGUGCGCGAGGGACCAUGAGACUUCGAGAGGGAUGCCUCUUGAACAACUGUUAGAGAGGCACGGCCCUAAGAACUCUCGUUGAAGUGAACGCCGCAGACAAGCGUGUCUUUUUUUUUUCUUUGUUGAUGCUGUUAACUGCGUGGACACUGUGAGCGGACAACAGAUCACGAAAGCCAACGUGUGCGAGUACUCUGAACAGUGUCAUCAAACUGUGGGGAGUCUCUGUUCAAGGGUGGGCUGUUCCGCGCUGUCCGACCUUGAAGUGGCUGCAUGCGUAAAAUCAGCGGGUCAGACUGCCAAACUUUGAAGCUGUAGGUAAGACGGGUGGACACUGAUUGCAACACUGCAGGGUUAAGGACCGAAACAGACUUGCUGGAGCCGUCCGCAUGCUAUGCACUCGCCCCUGUUAGUGUUUCUGGGCUUUCUUUUUUUUUUUUUACUUUCUGAAGGCAAGUGUUGGUAUUGGCAUUGGUGUGGUGCUGAUGAGUUCAUACGUUUGUUUUCUUGUUCCUUUCACUUAGGUUUGUGAGAAAAUAAAACAUCUCUUUUUGUUCGGGAA